GCACUCGCGCAAAUCUGACAUAUCUUGACCAACUCGCCAAAUUCCACAAGCAAUAUGGAACCAACCUCAAUCGAUUUCCUAGUGUUGAUAAGCGCCCCCUCGACUUGUACAAACUCAAGAAGGCCGUCGAGACCAGAGGUGGAUUUGAAAAGGUAUGCAAGCUGAAGAAAUGGGCUGAAAUUGGAAGAGAUUUGGGCUACAGUGGCAAGAUUAUGUCUUCUUUGUCGACCUCUUUGAAGAACUCUUACCAGAGAUGGCUUUUCCCUUAUGAGGAGUAUCUACGACUGGCAAAGCCUGGUGUUCAUCAACAGUUGGAGUAUGAAUAUGGGGGACCUCUCACUCCUUCUCCGGCAAAUUCUCCUCUGAAGAAAUCACAUCAACAUACACCUUCGAGCCUCAGAGCAGAGUCCCCAGCCAUUCGCGCCUCAGAUGCCCUCAAUGCUUCGAUGAAAGACGAAUUUGAGAAGGGCUUGAAGAACAUUCCAAGACUAGAUUCUCCAGCCCCUGCACAGGCACAGCCCACACAGCAGCCUAUGGCCUCGGGAUUUACUCCAGUCAAUUCUGGUGGUUUCACGCCUGUCAAUUCUGCCCCUGCGACAUUUACACCGGUCAACGUCCGGAGAGAACGUGAAGAAAGCAGCUUUACUCCGAAUAGGCGCCCGUUCGACAGCCCUCUGUCCUCUGCCAAGGGUACGCCUGAGUACAGGCCAUCUGCCCUGAGCUCAGCACCAGUUGUAAACGGAUUUACGUCCAACCCAGUCUUGAAGAGACAAAUGAGUGUCGACAGCCUAGACUCGCGAGGAAAGGGCAGCAGUCAGCCAGAAGACAGCGAAAAUGGCGGACGACGAAGUAAGCGCCUGAAGAAAGGUACGUUAAACUCUCUUUGUUAUCUGAUAUGAUCUGAUGUGAUCUGGCUUCCCGGAACAUUAUUUCCUACGAUGAUGUGGUGUCAAGGAUGUCACUCAAUGCGCACCGCAAUCUUCCUUCCCUGGGUUUCAAUUGGCGAUCGUCCAUCCCUGCUAAUGCCAACCUUGCAGAUGCCGUACCAACUGUGGCUGGAUCUCACAUGACUUUGUUCCGCCCUACCCCGCCAAGAAUUCCGGGCGAACAUGGUUCAUCCGCUCCGGGUGAGAAGUGUGAGCAUUGUGGAAAGAAUGAUGAUCUGGGAAAUCUAUUGAUCUGCGAAUCAUGUGAUCAUGGUUAUCACAUGUACUGCCUUGAUCCGCAGGUAACCCACAAGCCGGACUAUGAUUGGCACUGCCCCAGAUGUCUUGUUGGCGACGGACAAUUUGGCUUUGAGGAAGGUGGAAUAUACUCUCUCAAGGGAUUCCAGGAGAAAGCUGCAGACUUCAAGGAGGGUUACUUUCACAGCAAGAUGCCUUUUGACCCUGUUUUAAACUGUCCAAGACCGGUCACCGAGGACGACAUUGAAAGAGAAUUUUGGCGGCUUGUUGCUAGUCUGGAGGAGACGGUCGAAGUAGAGUACGGUGCCGACAUUCAUUCCACUACUCACGGAAGCGGAUUUCCAACGAUCGAGAAGAAUCCCCAGGACCCAUAUUCAACGGACCCUUGGAAUCUGAACAUCCUGCCAAUCCAUGCCGACUCCCUGUUCCGCCACAUCAAAUCCGAUAUCUCUGGCAUGACUGUUCCUUGGUUGUAUGUUGGCAUGAUCUUCUCUACCUUCUGUUGGCACAACGAGGACCACUAUGCGUACUCGGCAAACUAUCAGCAUUUCGGUUCCACGAAGACUUGGUAUGGGAUUCCUGGAGAGGAUGCCGAGAAAUUUGAGCAGGCCAUGCGUGACGCUGUACCUGAGCUCUUCGAGACUCAACCUGACCUGCUCUUCCAGCUUGUUACACUCCUUACCCCUGAGCAACUGAACAAGGCUGGUGUUCGGGUCUACGCUCUCGAUCAAAGAGCUGGUCAAUUUGUUGUCACAUUUCCCCAGGCCUAUCAUGCAGGUUUCAACCACGGUUUCAACUUCAAUGAAGCUGUAAACUUUGCACCAAAUGAUUGGGAGCCCUCAGGCGAUGCUGGUAUCGAGCGAUUGCAACAAUUCAGACGUCAACCUUGUUUCUCUCACGACGAGCUUCUUUGGACUGCCGCAGAAGGUGCUGCUACUGGUGGUGUUACCAUUUCUACUGCCAAAUGGCUUUCUCCGGCACUGGAGCGAAUGCGAGAGCGCGAAACUGCUCGUCGGAAGCAGUUUGUCGACAAGCACAAGGAGCAUCAUGAAGGUCCAUGCGUCAUCAUGGACGAAAUUGAAGGUGCUGGCCCCCGCUGUCAGAUAGGCUUCACCAUUGACGAAGAGGAUGUUCCGGAAGAGGAAUAUCAAUGUGUGUAUUGCAAGGCAUACGCAUAUAUCACGAGAUUCAAGUGCAAUACAAGCGGCAAGGUCAUGUGUGUUCUUCAUGCUGGAAAUUACGAAUGCUGUGACCAACUAGAGGAGCUACGGUACGCUGGGAAUAACCACACGCUUCACUACCGACGCACUGCGGAAGCCAUCGAUGCAAUCUGCAAAAAGGUCGCUGACAAAGCUCAAGUACCUGAAUUGUGGGAAGCCAAAGUCGAAAGGGCACUCGAAGAAAGUGCUCAGCCGUCUUUGAAAGUCAUGCGCACCUUGGUCAAUGAGGGCGAGAAGAUUCCUUACGAGCUAGAUCGCUUGCCAGGUCUCAAAGCGUUUGUAGAGCGCUGCAAUGAAUGGGUUGACGAGGCUACGAACUACAUCGUGCGCAAGCAACAGAAUCGACGAAAGAACGAAAAGGCCUGGCGCAAGGGUAGCAAAGCUGCUGAAAUGGAGGAACGCGAUCGCGAAUUUCGAAAAGUUGACAACAUCAUGAAGCUCCUCGACCAAGCCGAAAAGAUUGGUUUCGAAUGCUCCGAGAUCACGCAAUUGACGGAACGCGCUGCUGCCAUCAAGCAGUUCCGCCAAGAUGCUCAAGAAGCAACCAAGAAUGUCAUUCUGCGGAAGACACAAGAGUUCGAAGAACUCUUGGAGCUUGGCCGCUCUUUCAAUGUCGACAUGCCUGAGGUUGAGGAGCUUGACAAGAUUGUUCAGCAGAUGAAAUGGAAUGACCGUGCUCGGGCCAAUCGUGGCGUUCCUCUCAGUCUCAAUGAGGUCCAAGAGAUCAUUGAGGAAGGCGAGAAGCUCGAGAUUCCUGAAUACAACGACUACUUGAAUCAUUACAAGGAGCAAAGAUCUGCUGGUUUGGCAUGGGAAACUAAGGCCAAAGAACUUGUCAAUGCUGAGCUUGUCCACUAUCCCCAGCUGGAAGCCCUUUCCGCUCAAGCCCAAGCCGCGGCGCUCCCAGUGUCUGCCGAGACUCUAGCUGCCGUUGAUCAAAUCCUGAACAAGCAACGCGAGGCUCAUCGGCAGAUUGUAUCACUAUACGAGCGAAGCCGCAAUGAGGACUUCUCCAAGCGCCCCAAGUAUUCGGAGGUUCGGGAGACCAUGGAACACCUCGCCGAGCUGAAUAGCAAGCCUAAUGGUACAUUGGAUCUAGAAAAAGAACAAAAGCGCCACGAAGAUUGGAUGCGAAAGGGCAAGAAGCUGUUUGGCAAAGCAAACGCGCCAUUGCACAUUUUGAAGUCACAUAUGGAGUAUGUCCUGGAACGAAAUGUUGACUGCUUCGACAUCAAUUCAGACAAGCCACGCAUGCCUGCCGAGCCAGCAUCACGAGAGCCAAGUCCAGCGGAUGCCAAGCUACACAGCUGGGAGGAUCCAAGAUUCCGUGAAGUUUUUUGUAUAUGCCGUCGAAUUGAAGCUGGAAUGAUGAUUGAGUGUGAAUUAUGUCACGAAUGGUACCAUGGUAAAUGUUUGAAGAUUGCUCGUGGAAAGGUCAAGGACGAUGAGAAAUACACCUGCCCUAUUUGCGAUUGGCGUGUUCGCAUUCCUCGUGAUGCUGCUCGACCAAAGCUUGAAGAUUUACAAGCUUGGCAAGAUGAGAUUGCUGGCCUUCCCUUCCAGCCCGACGAGGAGGAGAUUCUUUCCAAGAUUAUCGACAAUGCCCAGGAGUUCCGCACUCAUGUGGCACCGUUUUGCAAUCCUGUCAUGGCAACAGCUGAUGAAUGUGAAACACAGCGAUUCUAUCUCCGCAAGAUUGAAGGUGCCGAAAUUCUUCUGGCAUUCGAGACCAAUUUCUUCCGACAAGAGCUUCACAGAUGGUCUCCUGUUGCUCCAGAGGCACCGCCGAUCCUUGAUGCUUCUAAGUCAACUCGAAAGCCACGCCCUACCAAGCUACAAAAGCUGAUGGCUCAACAUGGUGUCGAUGAUCCAGAAGCUCUCCCGCCAGCUUACAGAACUAAGGCGCAUAAUUUCAAGAACCGAAAGUCUAGCGAACCUUCAUCUUCACGUCCUCCACCACUUCAACCCGCACCUGGUCGUUCAGACUCUGGUACACCGACGUCUCAUUCCUUCCCUCCAUCGGCAACGAUGCACCCUCAUGGCGGCCCAACUCUGUCUGGCCUGCCAUCUGGCCACGAUCAUGCUCAUCCAAGUCACUAUGGAGGUUUUCCUGGUAUGCAAGACUCUCACUUCAGCAUGAGUCCGCAGAACAAUGCAUCUCCGGCAUUUGCGCCUCAUGCAUUCUUACAUGGCGGAUUGCAAAGUCCUGGAUUUUCCGGAGGCAGGCAGCCAGGCAUCUUCAACGAUUCAGCUUUCGGCAGACUAGAUUCCGUCGCACUCGGAGCGUCUGGAAGCGACAGUCCACUACGCGAUAACAUUGUCGGAAGCAGUCAAGGCGUUUCCCGCAUGUUCGAUGAGCUCACCAACCAAGAGGAUGGAGACGAAGGGCCCAAGGGAGAGAAGAGAUCUCUGGACAAGGAUAUGUCUACCGCCAAGUGGGAGAUGGAUGAAGAUAUGGACAUGUUCCUGGACGGGCCUUGAAUAUGCGAGCUCUGAUGACAUAUACAGUGGAGUUCUGGCAUGGCGUAAAAUGGCGUUCUUCCUUGCAUCACGCAUGGAAUGGAAAUGUGUGGGAUAUCUGCUUCUGGCGUUGGUACGAUCCCCACUGCUGGCGUUUAGAGGAUUUGCUUCUUCUUUUUGCUUCUGCUGCGCGCGUUGUUUUCAUUUCUCGCAUUCUUUCAUCCUCCUGGGAGCUAGACCAAGACUAUGAUCGACAACUGGAAUUCGCCGGAUGGUGGUUUUGGUCUGUUCUCCUGGCUGGACGUGUACGUGUACGCUUCUUACACUUGUUUGUACUAUGAUUUACUACCCGGCAAAAGAACAUCUCACUACUUAGCAUCACUGAGCUGCUUGCAUUUUAUGGACGGAAGGGAUUGUCGGAUGGAACUUUAGAGAUGGGGGAGUACUGUUGCAUGCUUGUUCAUGUGUGCUGUGGAUAAGCUGUUUCAUGUUUGUUUGUUGAUAGUUGUUCAGUGACGGAUGGAUUGCUUUGCUUGUUGGCUUGCUAGAUCGGUUGUCUGGGCACAGUGUAUGACAAUAAGAGAUGUUUUGUUGCUGGUUGUUUGUGCUGGACUUGCAUCGAAUGUGGUGGAUUAUAGUGGGGAUGGGAACAGUCAACCAGUCAAUCAAUCAAGAGCUUCAAGUAAUAAAAUCAUAUGGCAAGAAAGAUGCCAGCCAGUAUCAUAAGUGCUUUAGUGAAUAGGACCCGUGCCAUUUGCCUCUCGAAAUGGUAGGUCCCAAUAGCCCG